UUUCCCGCCUCGGCCGAACCGAAAAUGCCGGCCCCGGAAGCGGAACCCGCCGCGGGGCGGGGAGGGGCGGUGCGACAUGGCGGCGGCGGCGCGGCUGGUGGACUGUCACUGCCACCUCGCCGCGCCCUGCUUCCUCCCGGACGUGGCGGCCGUGGUGCGGGCGGCGGAGCAGGCGGCGGUGUCGGCGCUCGUCGUGGUGGCGGAGCACGCGGGGGAGUUCGCGAGGGUCGCGGAGCUCGCCGAGAGAUUCCCCGGGUUUGUUUUGCCGUGUCUAGGAGUUCACCCUGUUCAAGACGUCUCACCAGAAGAGCAGCGUAGUGUUACUUUAAAGGAUCUGGAUGCUGCACUGCCACUUAUAGAACGCUAUAAAGAUAAAUUGGUAGCAAUUGGAGAAGUUGGACUAGAUUUCUCUCCCAGAUUUGCCAGCACGGAUGAACAGAAGGAAGGACAAAGACAAGUUUUGACCAAGCAGGUCGAGUUAGCAAGAAGACUGGAUUUGCCUUUGUAUGUUUUGUUUAUGCUGCUGUCAGUUCAUCUGUGUUUGUAUGUCGGGGAAAGUAUUCUACAGAAUUCCCUCAUGCCAGGCUUCUCCUUGCUUUGCAGAAAUGUUCAUUCCCGCUCAGCUGGAAGACCAACCAUUAAUCUCUUAAAGGAACAAGGUGCUGGGAAUGUGUUACUCCAUGCAUUUGAUGGGAAGCCAUCUGUCGCGAUGGAAGGGGUGAAAGCUGGAUACUUCUUCUCCAUCCCUCCUUCCAUUAUAAGGAGUGAACAGAAACAGAAGCUUGUGAAACUCUUACCUCUGGAAAGUAUAUGCUUAGAAAGUGACUCUCCUGCUCUGGGGCCUGAAAAACAGGUAAGAAAUGAACCAAAAAAUAUUUAUGUUGCUGCAGAAUGUAUUGCCAAAAUUAAAAGAAUACCAGUUGAAGAAGUUAUAGAAGUGACAACACAGAAUGCACUGAAGGUAUUCCCCAAACUUCGGAACUUUCUUCGGAUAUAGGCUUAGCAACACAUAAAAUCUGAAAUAAAUUAUGUUGCAGAAGCUAUUGUUUAUGGCCUAAUACAUAAAACCAACACAUAUCUUGUCUCAAAUUGGAGUCCAAGAAAUGAGCACACUGUUAGGUAGAUGCAUGUUACAAUGGAUAUUGUGAAUUUCUCAAAGACCUUGUUCUGUACCCAUCAUUGUCAUAUCUGAGGUGGGGUAAAGUUAGAUCGUUCAUUUGCAUCUCUCAUGUCUCUGAAUGAAUGUAAAGAAGAGCACCACAAAAUUGGGCAUGUAAGUCAAAGUUUAGUUUCUCAGACUCCUUGCUCAGCUGCUCCUAACCUGGGAUAUGGCUGAUGUUCAAUGGUAAAUGUCCUCAUUAUUUAGUUUCUGCUCUUGUGCAUGUGUGGAAGUUGCUCAGUUGUGGGCCCACUCAUGUAAUGCAUAAGCUACAGUACACAUCCCUAUCUGAGCCAUUUGAAAAGCUUAGGUGGACAGAUGUUCUUGGUAUGUCUUGUUGAUUGGGCUCUGAGAGUGCUGCAGAAGCAGCAGUUCCAAUUUCUUUCAAAAUAGAGUUGGAAGGAGAAGAGCUGUAGCCCUUCUACUCCUUCCUAUCUCUUCCCUUGUAUACAGUAACUCAGUAGUUGCUUGCUCCCAGAUGAAAGUCAAUUGGAUUUCACUCCUUUCUCUGUUGAAGAUGAUUCAGGUCAACAUCUCCAAUAGGUCCCAGAAGACCUGUGACUAACAACAUCUUUGCUAUUUUGAGAAGGUUCUGCUUUGCUUUUGUGGGUUUGGUUUUUGUUUUUUUUUUCUUUUUGAACCAUAUUCUAUUUUAUAUAGAGAAACUACAGGCUGGAAAGAAGCUGUAACUAGUUUGAGAAGGAGGAGCCUUGAGUUCAGUCUUAUUUCAGGGACUUUUAUUUACUUUUCUGACUGCUCAAUAUCAGGAGUGAUGGGAUGUGAGAGAGAGACGAGCCCCAAUUUUGUGAGAUAUUGAAGGUGCUUGUCUGCUGUAUGGGUGUAUUGCAUGCCUACCUUGAAGCUGUGGAUUAUGCUUUAUUGGCCAGUGGCCUAAAAACUGAAUACUCUGCUGCCUCACAGGACCUGUGUAGAUGAGGACCUGUCAAAACAGUCACCAAAAUUUUCUUGACUAUACGACAGCAAUGAGCUAAGUAAGUUGUGAAUGUCACUUAAUUGUUCUGAGGGCCAGCUGAGGAACAGGAGGCUUUGUCUUCCUGGGGAGGUUACUAGAUCAGUGAAGGAAAUAUGGGGAGAGUAUUAAUUUUGUCCAUGAACAUCUCUGAUACAAAAUCAUGCAUCAUACAAACCCAUGGCAAGAUCAGAGGCAUCUGGCUUUAAGAUUUGGGCAUGUCUCUCCUAGGUCUCUGGUAGCUAUGUGAUUUUUCAGGUUAGACUCCUUCAUGCCUUACUGAUCAGGUGUCUUACCUCUUGUUCCUUUUGGAAAUGGUUAAUAAAGCACUAUUCUGAAAUUA